AUGGAGACUUCGAGGCUCUCACCGCACGCUCUGGAACAACUCGAGACAGAGCCAGAGUUACACCUGACAGUCCGCUUCUCCGCUUCCAUCCCCGAUGUUCAACUAGAAAUCACCAACCCAACCACCACAACGGCAACAGGCCUCAAACAAUUAAUUAGACAGAAGCUACCACGAGACCUAGCAGAUCAUAGACUUCGGCUGAUCUAUUCUGGAAGAGGCUUAGAAGAUGCGGUUUCUUUGGCGACCUCCCUGAAGCUGUCGUCGCCACGAGCAGGCACCCCAAUAUCCACGAGAGCCGAUGUCGAGCGAACAAAAGACGAAAUCUCCAAGGGAAAAGGGAAAGCGGUGGCGCGCGAGAUUUUUGACAUACCACGCCUCUAUAUACAUUGUUCUAUCGGCGAUAUUGUUCUGUCCGCGUCAGACCUUGAUGCGGAAGCUGCCAUGGCAUCGACUCUUCAACAAGGAAAUAACCUUGUCCCAGAACCCACGGGCGAACAGAAAAGCCAAAAAGAAGAAUCGCUGACAACACCCGCUCCAAGAGGGUUUGAUCGGUUACUUGCUGCGGGCUUUACACCCAGUGAAAUCUCGGCUUUGAGAUCACAAUUUCUGGCACUACAGUCUGUAUCUUAUACGCCUGACACAAUGCCAUCAGGCGCAGAAUUACGAGAAUUAGAAGAUCGGUGGAUGGACGAAGGUUCGGGUGCGAUGGGCGCAGGCGCCUUGGGUGGAGGAGCUACAACUCUCGGCAGCGGUGAUGACGAUGGCGGUGGCCUUGGCUCAGGAUCGCAUGGCGCCUUGGAUGACAUGCUCUGGGGCGCAAUCAUGGGCUUCUUCUGGCCUAUUGGAUGUGCCAUGUGGCUACGGCGGGAAGAAGGGGUCUGGAGUUGGAGAAAGGGAUUGGCUGUGUUUGUUGGGGUAGUGGUAAACAUUGCCUUUGGGGCUGUGAGAGUGAUGAAUUAA